UCAAAAAGAGGCGGUGGUCCUCCAUCAAAAAGAGGCGGCGGUCCUCCAUUAAAAAGCAGUGGUCGUAUCUCGACAACUGCAAUGGCUGGUAUCGUGGCCGGUGCAACGUUUGCUACUUUGUUGAUUGUAGGUAUCUUUUGGUGGAAUUGCUGUUAUAAAUUAGAUGAUGAAAUAUCCGAUGUUCUCUUUGGCGAUGAGUUCCAAAAUGGAAUGGAACUUAGGAAGUUUUCCUUGGUACAAAUAGCUAAAAUGACCAAUAAUUUCAACGGUGAAAAACUAGGAGAAGGAGGGUUUGGUGUAGUUUAUAAAGGGUACUUAAGGGACUUGGAUACUUAUGUUGCUGUUAAACGGAUUUCAAAGGCCUCUAAGCAAGGAAUUAAGGAAUUUGCAUCUGAAGUGAAGAUUAUUAGCCGAUCAAGGCACAAGAAUCUUGUGAAGCUUAUCGGUCAGUGUCAUGAAAAAGGAGAACUUAUACUUGUUUAUGAGUUGAUGGCUAAUGGCAGCCUAGAUUCCCAUCUUUUUAAAGGUAAAACCUUAUUGACCUGGGAAGUGAGAUUUAAAAUUGUGCAGGACCUGGCAUCAGCACUAUUCUAUCUACAUGAAGAAGGUGACCAUUGCGUACUACACAGAGAUAUCAAAGCGAGCAACAUUAUGUUAGAUUCUAGUUUCAAUGCUAAACUUGGGGAUUUCGGGCUUGCUAGGCUAGUGGAUCAUGCAAAAGCGUUACAAACCACCCAUUUAGCUGGGACUAUGGGCUAUUUGGCACCUGAAUGUGUUUCAUCGGGAAAGGCUAGCAAGGAAUCGGAUGUUUACAGUUUUGGAGUUGUGGCAUUGGAGAUUGCAUGCGGUAGAAGAUCAAUAGAGCCCAAAUAUGAAGAAUCUCAAGCUUCGUUGGUAGCUUGGGUGUGGGACGCAUAUGAAAACCAACGGUUGCUUGAUGUAGCUGACCCAAAACUAUGUAUGAACUUUGAUGCUAAACAAAUGGAAUGCUUGCUGAUGGUUGGACUAUGGUGCGUCCAUCCACACCAGCAUUUAAGACCGUCGAUAAGACAAGCAAUUCAGGUUCUUAACUUUGAAGCACCAUUGCCGAAGCUUCCAAGUACGAGGCCAACUGCCGCAUAUGAUACACAAAUCAUUUCUGAAAUUCAAGCAAGUGAGCCAUGUUUUACUGGUAUGAGUAUUACAGUCCCACGUUAA